AUGGAAGACACAAAAUUUAUCCUUUCGAUUGAUGGAGGAGGUUUUCGAGGUUUAAUCCCUGCCAUUAUCCUCUCUGAAAUUGAAAAAAGAGUAACCGAUGAAAUAAAAAAAAGAGUAACCGAUGAAAUAAAAAAAGAACAUCAAGAUGUAGAUAUAAGAUGUGCUGAUUUAUUUGAUAUCAUGGCUGGAACUUCGACUGGUUCUAUAAUUGCUUUGAGUUUAUCAAUUGCUGAAAAAAACAAUCGCCCUAAAUUCAAUGCCGAAUCUAUCGUGAAUUUUUAUAAAGAACAUGGUUAUGAUGUCUUUCCUGCUUAUUCUAACUUUAAUAAAGUGUGGUCAAAAACUGAUAAAUCAUCAACUACUAGCACUGAAAAAGAAUUUAUUAAGGUUGAGGAAAACAUUAAAAAUAUAACUGAUGUUACCGAGAAGAAAACUGAUGUUAUAACCGAGAAGAAAACUGAUGUUAUAAUCAAGAAUAAAACUGAUGCUACAAUCAAGAAUGAAACUGAUGCUACAAUCAAGAAUAAAGUUGAUGCUACUAUAACUGAGAAUAAAACUGAUAUUACAAUCAGUACCGCAUCUAAGAAUACUACUAUAAUGGCGUAUUUAGAAGCAUUUGCAGUUGCUAAUAAUCCUUGGAUGCCGAAAUAUUUACCUAAACCAUUUGAAGAUUUAUUAGAACAAAGUUUCAAACAAACUAAACUCAAAGAUACUAUAAACGAUAUGAUCGUAAUCAUUCCAUCUUAUGAUAUCACCAACAGUGAAUACAUUCUCUUUACAAAUAAUAACAUUGAACAUAAAGAGCUUUUCAUGAAAGAUGUUAUACGUGCAAGUGCUGCUGCUCCUACAUUUUUUCCUGCAAAACAAAUAGGUACAAAUUAUUUCAUAGAUGGUGGUGUUUUUUCGAAUAACCCAACAGUUGUGGCUUAUCUUGAAGCAAAAAAAAUGUAUCCAAAUUCGAAAUUUGUUGUAGUUUCUCUUGGUACUGGUUACUACAAAGAGCCUCUAGAAUGUUAUAAAAAUUGCGGUAUUGUUCAGUGGUUAAAACCAUUGAUUAAUCUUUUGUUUAAUUCUGAGGUUGAUAAUCAUGACACUAUUAUGAAACAUUUUGCUAAAUUUGAUGGCACACGCUACUUUCGGAUUCAACUGCAAUUGACGAAAGAUGAUAACACUAUUGAUGAUGCUUCAGAAAAAGAAGCUAUAAAACUUACUAAAUUAGCCUAUGAAGCUAUUGAUGAUCCUAAGAAUAACUUUAAGGAAAUAAUUGAUUUGCUCGUUGAUAAAU